CUUAUGGGACAGCAAAUGUAAGUAGCAUUAUUAAGUGAUUGUGACAAUUCCAGAUCAAUACCUAAAGUUGGACAUUACUAAGAGAGUCAUGAGGCGAGUCCUGGCGCUGCUGCUGCUGCUCGUGGUUGGGUGUCCUGCCACGGAGGACAUGUCCUCUCCGCACAGCGGCGCCGCGCACCGCCCCGACUGCGAGGGCGAGUCCUGCGACCCUGACCCUGACCUCCAGUCGGGCUGGCCCGAGGACUCCGACACCGCGGGCAGCACGUACGGCCUGGACCUCAUCAGCAGGCAGGUCACGUGCGGCGGACAGAAGCUGCAGCCUCGUGAUUGGUGCAACGAGUGCAGCUGCGAGUCCCACCACUGGCUGUGCACCAGGAUGCUGUGCGAGUAGCCGCGCAUCCUGUAUGCCGUGCGGAGUAUCCGCGCACCCUGUACACGGGGCGUGCGCGCGGUGGCCCACGAGAGGAGACGACAAUAAAACCAUUACAAUUGCA